UCCACACCCACCCUUUUUUAAUCUGUGGGAGGAUUGGGGAGGAACACAACUGGGCGCUGCUACCGCUGAGUUCGUCGAAGGCUAAUGUCCAUCUCGCGCUGCACAUCGAGCGGCGGUGCGCCCAGCUGCUGAUUAACCGAUCUCUCUCUCUCUCUAAACCACGCCCGUCUUGAAUCUGUUGCAUCUCUCUCUCUCUGUCUGUCUCUCUCUCAGAAGUCAGGGAUGGAGGCAGAGCAAGCCCCUCCACCAUCUUCCUCUGCUCCAUCCUCCUCUUCCUCUGCAUCAUCUUCUUCAUCCUCUAUCACUGAUAGCGUUCCAACCUCAUCAUCGCCCUUCUCGACUGUUGCCCCCACUCCUUCCCCAUCCCUUUCCACCACUCCCGUCAGCGCCACAACCACCACCAUGGCCACUUCCACGGCCACAUCUGACACCACUGCCACCGUCACCACCACCACGACCACCCAAAUGAUAGAUAUACCACCAAUACUAGGAGCCACUGCCACCACCACUACUUCUACUGGUGAAACAAAUUCUCUGACGUCCACCAGUAUCAGCAGCAGCACCACCGGUCCAACUGCCGCUACCACCAUUUCCACCACCACCACGACCAUCACCACUUCUCCAUUCUCUACUUUCGACCACCAACCACCAUCAAAUUCACUUCCAUUCAGACCUUCUUUCCCAAUCAACAGGAAUCGGCCUCAAAUGCCACCUCCAAUGCCACCUCCCCAUUUCGUCCAGCACCUUCCUUCUCCGUCCCCGCCCCCUCUUCCCUUUUCGUCGUCAUCACCAGCUUCUUCGUCAUCGGUGGGUGUGCCUUCCUUGUUGGCUUCUUCUUCAUCAUCGUCGUCUUCUUUAUCUUCAUCCUCAUCAUCAUCUUCUCCUUCUCCUCCUCCUCCUCCUUCUGCUACGUCUCCUUCCUCCUCUUCCUCCCCUCUCCAAAGAGGGGGACUCGCCAUUGGUGUCCCUGCUUAUCCUCCCAGACCUCAGUCCACCUCUUUGCUGCCAUCGUCGACGUUCGGUUCACCCCCUUUUGGUCACCAACUCGGUAGCUUGGGCAGAAUUUCGGAUCAGACGCAGAGCGCCAGCCCUCAGAAUGGAGGACGUAUUUUGGUGCUUUACUUUGAGCAUGUCGUUCGGCUCAUGAUUGAAAUACGAUGUACUUCUUUUUCAAAACCUUUUCUUCCCCCCUUCAUGGCUUUACACGGGUUUCUGAAUAAUUAUCCCAGUUCACUGGCAUAGACAUGAUUGAGGAACAGACUUGGCGGACUUUCGAAUCCGAUUUAUGUAGAUGAAUUGAUACCCAUACCCUAGACGAGACUUAGUUUUUAGACGACAACCAUUUGCCCAGAAAAGUAAGUUAAGCCAUGUAGUACCCCGUCUAUUACCCAUUUGCCAGAAAAGCAAGUUAAUCCAUGUAGUAUCCGAUCGAAUCCCGCUUCCAAUAAUGAAUAUUGGACAAGAAUGCGUCUAGCUGUUAUAUUUCUCCUGAAAUAUGUAUCUUGCUUCCUGCCGGAGAUUCGAUCUCGAAAGGUAUUUCUGUUUCUUAUAAUAGAAAAUACAUACAUGUUGAAUUCAUCAAGAUAAUUAAAGUUCUUAAUCUUGUACACUCUUAGUAAUUCUUGAAUAGCCACAGUCCUUUUUGGAAGAUUUCAGUAUGCACAGAGUUGGUUCCAUUGGGUUCAAUUAUUCGUAAGACAGAUUCAAUUGUCAGGUCCUUUUUUUGUAUUUGACUGAGGUUGGUUUAUUUUGAGAUCCAUUAGGAAUCAAGCCGGAUAUUGCAAAAUACAGAACUCUUUUCAAUUCUAUGUACCAUUACUUUUGUUCACGACCUUCUUCAGCCCUUUUCCCUAUUUGAUGUUACCUGUAUGCGUAUAUUAUUGGACCAAAUGAAGACUCCAAAUCUUAUAUCUAUUUACUUUUAUACUCCUAAAGUUCAGUCUAAGUAAUUUUAAAUUUUCAUGCUCUAAUUUGUUAUUACAUAGGUAA